AUGUCGUUCUCCUUGACUCAGCGACUGCAAGCUCUCGCAGACUCUUACAAAGAAACCUUGAAUUUGAUCCAAGAACUACGAAAAUUCUCUCCCGCAUCAUACCCAGAUGGAGAUCGAGCAGAAAGAAGACUGGAACUUGCGACUGAAAUUCAUGACAGGUUGAAAGAGCAGGAAGACACUCUAGACAUCCUCAGGCAAGAACUUGAAGACGAAUCAGCACCAUCCUCGCGACGAGAUCGACCGUCCUCUCCCGGAGACAGCGAACGCGAGCGAAAUGCGGACUUGGUGGCCCGACUUACUGAAGAUUUGAAAAGUGCCAGAUCCAAUUUCAGGCGGGCACAACUUCAGUCAAAGAGAAAUGCUGAUAAUGAGAAGCGAAAAGAGAGGGAGCAGCUAUUUGCUGAGCGAAAGGACAGUGGUCAACCUCGAGGACGUGCCACGCACGAGAAGUUGACCCAGGAUGAACUUGCUUUGCGAGCGGCUGACGACGUUACGAUGGCUCUGAGGAGAGUUCAUAAUCAGUUGGAAGGGGAGUUGUCGCGAUCACAAUUCGCCCAGCAGACUUUAGAGGAGAGUCAGCAAGCACUGGAGAGUCUGUCUCAGAGCUACGUUGGCACAACCGAUUUGCUGAAGUCCUCGAGGGGAUUCGUGAGCCAGUUAGUUCGCAGCAAUAAAAGCGACACUUGGUUUUUAAGAAGUUCCUUCUACAUUUUGGCGGCAACGAUAUGUUGGCUCUUUUAUCGGCGAAUUCUUUUUGGUCCGAUGAUGUUAUUUAUCUGGUGGCCUUUGCGAAUGAUUUGGUGGUUCGCAACGACGAGCCUUGGGGCUAUGGGGCUUGGGAGAGUUGAGCUUGCAUCAUCACCGGCUCCAAUACCCUCUUUGUCAGUCUCUGUGCCUGGUGUGAACGCAAAAGGAAUGCCGACACAUAAUCCCAACAUGAAGUUUAAGAGUAUGGAACUUCCAGCAAAAGGAGGAGGGUGGGAAAGGCCACCUGCACAUGUGCAGCAGCCUACCCCCGAGGAGAGCGUUGUCGAAACAAUAAGUCGCAUGAUAGAAGACCACGGGACCAAUAUGGAUGAUUUAUCGGGAGAGGAACGGAAAACUCAACAGGAGCAGCCGCGAAAUUCCAAAAAGCGAAUGAUGGAGGUGGAAAUUGAAACUCCGGGGGUAUCAAGAGACGAAUUAUAA